CUAGUUGUAAGUUUAUUUGCUUUCGUUGUGUGAUUUUAGUUCAUGCAAGUGCGGCAAAUUACUGCUAAGCAGAGGAAAAGGAAGUUGAAGAGCAGGAAACCGAUGACUCCAGUCAUUUCCAAAGUCAAGAAAUAUAAAAUCAAGGGUUAUUCGUCUUUUAAGGGCAGAUUUAGGGUAAUGAACGAUGGACAGAUUCGUAGGUGGAAGGAGGGGAAACGACACAAUGCACAUUUAAAGUCAAAAAAAUCUAAACGUAGACUCAGACAACCUGGUAUAGUCCCUCUGGCAUAUGCAAAGGUGAUGAAGAAACUCAACUUUUGUGGUUGAACCAAGUGCCCUCAACUGCUGCUAACAUUUCUUGCUUGAAACUGGAGCAUUCGGGGAUCUGAUUUUGUAGGAUGAUUGUCUUGUCAAUUAAUUUGACAUAAUUAUAUCUAAUUGAGAGGUUAUAGGCUCUUUUGCUGGAUGAUCCAGAAUGGUGGUAGACGUUUGAAUAGUGAACAUUUCCCGUUUGUUAAACCAUUUCUUUCACUUUCUGCUCGAUGACUCUCAUUUCUAUAAUAAGCACAGGGUCAUGUAUUUUUUCCUGUAACAAAUGCAAGACUUAGAAAUUGUUGAAGAUUGUUGUUUCGUUAUUCA